AUGGAUUUAGUAGCAUUUCCCCUCAACUCUGACUCUGCUGCCAAAAAGCUGAAUUUUGAUGAUUUGCUCAUUGAGGCUGGUGGGUUUGGUAGAUUCCAAGUCCUCACCUUACUAAUCCUCUGCAUCCCCCGAAUCAUCAUCCCACUCCACUUCCUACAACAUAUCUUCAUCUCAGCUGUUCCACCCCACCACUGUGCCAUUCCCAACCUGGAGAACACGGGGAACCUGAGCCAGGAAGAACUUCUACUCAUCAACAUCCCCAGAGAGGCCGAUGGGACCUUCAGUUCUUGUACCAUGUAUUCCCAGGCACAGCCUCACCUGCUACUGAACAGGUCCCAGAAGAUGGUCAAUGAGUCCCUAGUGGAGGGAUGUCACCAUGGCUGGACAUACGAUGUCUCUGUGUUCUCCUCCACCACCGCCUCAGAGUGGAAUCUGGUGUGUGAAAAGAAAUGGCUGAAUCAAGCGUUGGUCAGUUUCUUUUACGGUGGACUCACAGUGGGGGCCAUCACCAUUGGAUAUCUGUCUGACAGGUAUGGCCGCAGGUUGCUGUUACUGCUUUCAUUUAUCCUGGCUCUGGGGUUUGGGAUGAUGUCAGCGGCUUCCGUGUCAUACCUAAUGCUUGCAAUAAGCCUGUCGCUCUCUGGAUUUUGCUUCUCUGGGCUCACUAUCACUGUUGUGGCCCUAAGUGUGGAGUGGGUGGACACAGAACACCGAACAGUCGCAGGGAUCAUUACCAGUUUCACCUGGAGCUUGGGAAGUGCAAUUCUGGCCCUGCUGGCAUAUUUGCUUAGAGAUUGGCGUUGGUUAGUGGUGGUUAUCACUGCUCCAUGUGUGCUGGGCAUAAUCAGCAUCUGGUGGCUUUCAGAAUCUGCUAGAUGGCUGCUGACUGAGGGUAAGCCUGAGAAAGCAGAAACUGAGCUGAUGCGAUGUGCUGCAAGUAAUGGACAGAGAUUGGAUACUUUCAGCAAGAACAGUGAGAACAUUCGGAGACUGGCAGAACCUGGACCAUCGACAGCUAAUUCCUCGUACAUAGACCUGUUUCGUACUCCACGCCUGCGGAGGAUUUCCUUCUGUGUGGGGCUGGUGUGGUUUGGAGUGGCUUUUUCCUAUUACGGGAUAAGCCUGAAUAUUACAGGCUUUGGACUGAACAUUUUCCUCACCCAUUUCCUGUAUGCGCUGGUGGAGUUUCCUGGUAAAAUGGGCACCUACUUCCUAAUGAACCAUUUGGGCCGUCGCAGAACACAGGUCCUCACUCUGCUGGUGACUGGAGUGUGUAUCGGACUCAAUGUAGUAAUCCCAGCAUGCAUACAUUUUCAUACUUUGCAUAUAGAAAAUGUAUCUUGCGUCCCUUUACUUCUGGGGAAGCGGAACAAGACGGCUAGGCUCGAAGUCCAUCACGUCACCAGUGUGAACUGCUUGUUUUUAGAUGUACUCUGUGUAUCCUGUGACCUAUUGUUGCAUCAUAAUGUUCUCUCUCACAGACAGAAAAGUGCUGGCUACACCUCCUUUGUGGGGCGAAUUGCAGUCACCAUUGUCCCAUUGGUCAUGCUACUGGAUAACUUCUGGUACCUACUGCCCCAGGUGAUAUUUUGCAGCAUGGCAGUGGUCUGUAGUUUGAUAGCUUAUCUUCUCCCAGAGACCAAGAAUGUGUGCCUACCUGAGACCAUCAAUGACACAGAACACGGCAGUGGCCCUCUCCAUGGUAAGAAUGAAGGGGUUCCAAACUUCCUGAUCUGGCAGCACGGACAGAAGAUUGACCUGCAACCAUCUCCUCUCCGGCAACUAGUUUAUUGCCCGUAAAGGACAUACAUCAAAGCAUAGACUUUCUAAUUUUAGAAAAAAAUUACAUCAGUUUACCAAACACCGAUAAUUUUCCGGCGACUAUUUCAAGUGUAGCAGAACUAAGAUUGACUUAUUGCACUAAUAGAAAAUAUCUAAAACAAAUGGAUACUGAAUACAAAACUUUAUACCACAAAUCUGUUCUGUGUCCAUAUGGCAGCUAACUUUAUAAGAUGACUUGUUUGUGAUCAGGUGUAAGACAUGGAAGAAAUAAAUAAAUGGUGCCACUAAUCGUGCAGAAACAUUAAAAAAAAAACCCUGAGA